AGAAGACGUAAAGAUUAAAUAGUAUCGCACUAUCGCAGUAUACUCAGUAAUAGUGUCGAAUCGACGUUUCACCAUAUUAUCAAACUGCCGAGUUAAAAAAGCUUUAAACUAAUUGUUACUUUUUAAGAAUUACUCAAUUACGUACUUAUAUAAUAUUAAUAUUAUUAAAGUAAAUCUUAAAUCGUUCUACCAUGCUGAUUACAAAAUAAUCUCAAAUUUUUAACCGGCGGUGACACUUUUUGUUUUCACCAAUAAUAUUAAAUUGUUGUCACUAUUGUUUAUUAAUAUUUAAUUAUUAUCUACUUUGUAAUUGAUAUAUAAGUUACUGGUUGUGAUAGUUGUUAUUACCUAGAGUCUAGUGUUGUACUUGUACCUACAACUGUAGUUGUCGUCCACCACGUAGUACCUACGUUUUGUAUUUGUUCACAACAUUGAUAUAAAAAAUGCUGUCAUUAAUAGAUCCACGAUUUGAAUGUUCUAUUUGCCUUAACUGUCUAAAGGAUCCAAUGCUGACAAGAUGUGGACAUCGAUUUUGUUCCGAGUGUAUAAGUACAUGGCUUGAGCGUAAAAGUCAAAUAUGUCCAAUUGAUUUAUUACCUCUGACUAUAGAAGGUUUAUUUCCUGAUAACUAUACAAAACGAGAAAUAGAUGAGCAAAAAGUUACUUGUUUAAAUACUGGUUGUGAUGUAAUAAUACCAUUGUUAGAAGCCGAUCAACAUUAUGCCUCAUGUGUAUUUAAUAAAAACAAAGUAAAUGGACCAGCUGAUAAUCUUUGUCCAUUUCAUUUAAUUGGAUGUAAGGAUACAAUAAAAGAUAAAAAUGAAUUAUCAAACCAUCUUGUUAUGAGUGUGCAUCGACAUGUUACUCUGCUUACAAAAUCUCAUAUUGAUUUCAUGAACAAAUUUCAAAUUAGAGAUGGUGCUCAUUCUAAAGCUUUAGAAGCUACACAACUGUGGGAUGCAAAUAAAGAUCCUAAUUCUGAAAAAGCUUUACUUUGUAAUUUAUAUGAACGAAUAGUCGUAUUAGAGCAAAGUAAUAUUGAGAAAGAUAAAGAUAUAGAGCGCCUUAAUCAAAAAAAUGCAGUCAAGGAUAAAGAUAUUGAACAACUUAGUCAAAUGGUUAAUAAUUUAAUCGCUGAGUUUGGGCAAUCUCAAAAUGCAAUAUCAUUAAUUACAUGCAAUGGUGUGUAUAUAUGGAGAUUUGAAAAUUUUAUGGAGUCUUUGAAAUCAAUGAGAGAAAGGCCAUCACAAACACGAUACUACACUCCAGGAUUCUAUACAUCUUCUACUGGAUACAAAGUAUGUGGUCGAAUAAAUAUGUCAACAGACAAUCGUAAUCUUUCUCUAUUUAUUCACAUGAUGCGUGGUGAAUAUGAUGAUACUUUAAUUUGGCCAUUUUCUGGUCAUAUUACUUUAUUUUUAAUCCAUCCAACAAAUCCAAUGCAGACCAUUUGUUUGAAAAUGCAAUCAUCAGCUGAAUCUGAAGCAUUUAGAAGGUGUUCUUUCGGAAAUAUUAGUAAUGAGGUUCCUCCUUUAAAUCCAAGAGCUUUUGGAUACCAUGAAUUUGUUGCUAUUGAUGAAAUUCUUCAAAAUGGAUUUAUUAAAAAUGACUCAAUUGUGAUUAAAAUAAUUGUUAAAUGUACUUAAUUUUUGAUCUCUGUAUAUUGUUGUAGGUUUAUAAAAGUAUUAUAUGUAACUAUAUCCGUCCAUAAAUAAAUUUAUUCUAGAACUGUUAUAUUUUAAA